CUCUCAUUAAAAUUCAAUAUGAAAAGAAAAGAAAAGCUUACAAAAUGUACAUAAUAUCACAUCAGAUGCAUAAUUGAAUCACGGCAUACAGGAAUUCAAUUACAAGACCUAUAGAGUUAUAAUAUAUCGUAUAUGUAGACGCAUACUGGGAAAAAAAGAAAAACACAUUGAUGUUUAUUACGGCAGUUGCCUUAUACUAACUAAUAAUACAAACAACUUCUUUUGAAACUUUUUCUUUUUGUUUUUAGAGGUAAUAUCUGCCACUGCGUGAUCUUACAAUACGUGUGUGUAUGUCUUGUUAUUCCGCAGAAGAAACUUUCAACCUUUUGUGAGAGGAGUAAAGAGCUAACGAAGUCACGAUGCCUGUGUGUAACGUAAGGGAUUCUUCCGGGGACACUAUGGAAUUGUAUGUGAUGGAGUCCAAACCCCAGUACUUUGCCGUGUCUGCUUUUGAUCAUGACUGGGUCGACAAUAUACCGAACUAUCCUCUCCGUGAUGAUGACGUGAUGCUGUGCUCGUACACCAAGUCUGGCUGCCACUGGGUGUGGGAGAUGGGCAGACUUCUGCUGGACGGGCGGACCAAGGUGGUGGGCACAGAGAAGGAAGCUUCCAUGUUGGAGGCCAAUCGUUUGUUAGCGGACAUAGAAGAAGCACCUACGCCCAGGAUCCUGAAUACUCAUAUGUCUGGCUGCCACUGGGUGUGGGAGAUGGGCAGACUUCUGCUGGACGGGCGGACCAAGGUGGUGGGCACAGAGAAGGAAGCUUCCAUGUUGGAGGCCAAUCGUUUGUUAGCGGACAUAGAAGAUGCCCCCUCGCCCCGAAUCUUGAAUACUCAUAUGGAGAACACAUUAGCAGAAGUGAAGCGACUGUCCAAGUUCCUGGGCAAGGACUAUGACGACGAGUUCCUCCAGGCAGUCAUCAAAGCCGCCAGUUUUGACAACAUGAAGAAGGAGAAGAAGCAGACUUUUACUGACAACCAAGGGACCAUCAUGUUUAGAAAAGGUAAAGUCGGAGACUGGAAAAACAACUUCACAGUGGCUCAGAGCGAAUGGUUCGACCACAUCACCAGGAGCAGGAUGUUGGGUUCCAAACUGUUCAAGUUCAGAUAUGACCUCUGA